AUGAACUACUUCGUUACAGAAUUCACAAAUGAAGAGUUGGCUCAAGAGGGUGUUAUUGAGAAGGAGACAUACAGAUACGUGUAUACAACAAAUGGAACAGUCUAUUACGUAGCACAAACAGACCUGAGUACAUUUCUAUUGGAUGCACAUAAAGUAGUAAAAUACAUCAGGAAUUGUGCUGGAACAGACAUGUAUGAGGUGUUGUACUACGCAGAUAACAUAUUAUGUGGAGAUAGCAUUGUAUUCGACAAUGUUCAGACUGUAAACACGCUUGAGUCACAGGAUGAACGCAUUCACGAGAUGAUGGUUGCUGGACAACGUGCUGAAAUGCAGCAGAGAGCGAAGGAGCACCAGAAGAAGAUGCUGGAGGAUGAGAUGAUGAACAGAUACCGUGAGACAGUGGGAAUGGCCCAGGAGACACGAAAUGAGCCUAUUUCAAAACCAGUGAAAAAGAAGGUUGUUUACAAGUCAGAGAAGCCAUUGCUGCUUAUUCUGAAAGAGAAGCUGAAUGUUGAAAUGGAUAAGGAGAACUAUGUGAAGGUUAAUCAGGUCUCAGGGGAAAUGGUAAUGGUGAUAUACGAUGCAGGAUACAAGGCAGCAAAGAUAAAGAUGGGGAACCUGAAUAAGGCGUGUAAGUUUUCACCGUAUUUGGAUAAGAAUGCGUUGACUAAGUCGACAUUCAAGUUCGAGAAAGAGAGACAGAUUGAGAAGAGCAUUCCCCUAUUGAAAUGGAGUGGGAAGUUGAAGGAGAUGCCUAUUGGAUUUGAAUAUUGGGUAGAUGAGGAGAAUGGGAAGUAUUGCUAUACGCUGACAUUUAAGGCAACCAGAAAAAUAAGAAACCUGAGAGUUGGAAUAUGCGUGAGGGAAAUUGGUGACCUGGAAAUAGAUGGAGAAUACGAAGAAGGAGAUGGAAUGGUUUAUUUGGUGAGUGACAAGGUUGAAGCAGGAGGAAAUGAGACAUUUGAGGUGAAGUAUUCGGGAUUGGAUGUAAAUGGGUUAUUUCCACUGGAAUUGGAAUUUGUAGGCGGAUUGGAAACGAAGAUGUCAGUGGAGUCGGUGUUGCUGGGAGAGGAGGAGACGAGUGAGUUUGAAUUCAGACGAGUGCUUGAGAUUGACAAAUACACCAUAGAAGGAGAGUGA